AUGGCUGGGGCGUGGAGGCUGCUGCGGGCCGCGGGGCCCCGGCUGAGCCGCUUGCGAGCCACCACCACCGCCUCCUCCUCCGCCGCCGCCCGCCCGCAGGAGCGCGCGGGGCUGGAGCAGGAGCCGCUGCGCCACGCCGACUUCUUCCGUUUGCACGAGCUCUUCUCCCUGCGGGACCUGCUGCACGCCCGGGUCCACCUGGGGCACAAGAAGGGCAGCCGCCACAGAUUCAUGGAGCCGUACAUCUUUGGUUGCCGCUUGGAUCAGGACAUCAUCGACCUGGAUCAAACCAUGGCACACCUGCAGCUGGCCCUCAACUUCACGGCUCACGUGGCCUACCGCAAAGGCAUCAUCCUCUUUGUCAGCCGCCAUCGGCAGUUAGCCCAUCUCGUGGAAACCACGGCCCAGGAGUGCGGGGAGUACGCCCACACCCGCUACUGGCAAGGGGGCUUGCUGACUAACGCUAAGAUCCAGUAUGGGGAGGGCGUCCGUCUGCCAGACCUCAUCAUCUUUCUCAACACUCUCAACAACGUCUUUGAGCCGCACGUGGCUGUCCGAGACGCUGCCAAGAUGAACAUCCCAACCGUGGGGGUGGUGGACACGAACUGCAACCCCUGCAUCAUCACGUACCCCAUUCCGGGCAACGACGACAGCCCGACGGCCGUGGAGCUCUACCUCAAGCUCUUCAAGAGGACCAUCAUCAGGGCCAAGGACAAGCGGAGGCAAAUGGAGGCUUUCUACGGCCUGCAGGCCUCACCUGCUGGCCAUCCAAGUGCUCACCCUGAGACCCCUCAAGGCACCACGUCCCUCUGA